CCCCCAGCCUGCCCCAUGCCCCCGCAGGAUCCGGCCUCAGAGCCAGCGCCGCCGUCACCAUGGGCAACAUCUUCGGGAACCUGCUGAAGAGCCUGAUUGGGAAGAAGGAGAUGCGGAUCCUGAUGGUGGGGCUGGACGCUGCUGGGAAGACCACCAUCCUCUACAAGCUCAAACUGGGGGAGAUCGUCACCACCAUCCCCACCAUCGGGUUCAACGUCGAGACAGUGGAGUACAAGAACAUCAGCUUCACCGUGUGGGACGUGGGUGGGCAGGACAAGAUCCGGCCCCUCUGGAGGCAUUACUUCCAAAACACCCAGGGGCUGAUCUUCGUGGUGGACAGCAACGACCGGGAGCGGGUGAACGAGGCGCGGGAGGAGCUGAUGCGGAUGCUGGCGGAGGAUGAGCUGAGGGACGCCGUGCUCCUCGUCUUCGCCAACAAGCAGGACCUGCCCAACGCCAUGAACGCAGCGGAGAUCACGGACAAGCUGGGGCUGCACUCCCUGCGCCACCGUAACUGGUACAUCCAGGCCACCUGUGCCACCAGCGGGGAUGGGCUCUACGAGGGCCUCGACUGGCUCGCCAACCAGCUCAAGAACAAGAAGUGAGGGGGGUCCCCCCCUGUGCCCCCCUGGGCCGUGCCAGGGCCCCCCCCGGCCGCCCCCUCCCUGCCCCGGUUGGGUUUUGCUUUCUUCUGGCACCGGUUGCUGUGGGGUUUUCUCGCCUUUUUUUGGGGUCCCCCUGGUUCCCCU